AUGCAAAAUUCCUUCUCUUUGGACUUUCCUUUUGACUCAUCAUUCUCAGAUAAUUCUCAAUCAAAUAACUUCUUCUCUCAACAACACCAAGAAUUUAAUAGUCUAUCAUCAAAUGGAUUUUCUUCACAGUCAUCAAACGAUUUUCCUGUGACACUCCAAAACGACUUUUCUCAACCAUCUCAGUUUUCAAAUUUUGAUCCUCAAGUUAACCAACAACCAACCCAACAAAACACUCCAUCAAAGGGUCCUACAAAAUUUAAAUUUGGACCUCCAACUUCUACAACUAAAAGAGGACGUACUGAAAUAAAGCCUCCAAUGACUAACUCUUCUUCCCUCAAUUCUGUUUCACAACAACAAGUCCAAGCCCAACCUCCAGAAAACCAAAAAACCGAAGAAGUGCCACAACCAAUACAAACUCAAAUCAAAAAACAACCUGCUAGUGACCAUUAUAAUCUUUUAAGAGAAAUCGCUGCUGAAACAUUAACCUCAACAACUCUUGUUCAAUCUGAAUCGUCAGCACAACCCAUGGAACAAAAACCAUUUGAAUUUAAUAAUCAACAAGAAUUCACAUUCAACAAUCAGCAACAACCGUUUGAAUUCAAUAAUCAACAACAAUUUAAUGUAUUCUCUAAUGAUUUCUCUUUUGAUAAACAAAUAGUACAAACCCCACAACAACCACAAGAAACAGUAGAACAUCAAGUCGUUGACCAACAAUUAACAUCUCAAAAAUCAGAUGAACCUAAAAUUGAAAUUACACCUCAAGUAACAAACCCCCUUAAUGCCAUUAAAUCUACACCACCAACACCAGCAAAUGAAAUUGAAACAAAAACACAAAUACCACUAGACCAAAAAGUUAAUGACAGUACUCAAUUUGCUUUUAACUCUUUUGAAAAUGUCUUUUCAGGUAAUUUUUCAUUUGACACUCCAGUCGACUCUCAUAAAGAAGAAAUUCAGUUUGAACAAAAGUCAACAGAACAUGAUACCCCUGUAAUAACACAAGAAGAAAAGAAAGAGGUAGUAUCAGAAAAUAAGCCAUUUGAUAUGAUGAAUUUAGAAGAAGACGAAAGGAGAGAAGAGCUUAACCAGGCUAAACAGAGAAAAGAAGAAUUACAAGUGGAAAAAAGUCUUUUAGAAAAGGAAAUUCAAGAGUCAUCUCAAGACAUAAAGGAGAUUGAUAACAUAAAAGAACUUCAAAGUGAAAAUGAACAACUUCAAAGAGAGAUUAAUGAUAUGAAAAAACAAAUUCAAAACAUAAAAGAAGAAAAAAGAAAACGAGAUGAAGAGACUAGUAGACUUAUAAAAGAGAAUAAUGAAAUGAAAAGUCAAAUUAAUGAACUAAAACAAAAACUAAGAGAUCUGAAGGAAAAAGAAGAAAAUGAAAAGAAAGAUAAUGAAAACAAGAAACAAGAGAAUAUUGAACUUAAAGAAUACUCUAACGAAGGACAACGUCUUAUUCAAGUAAAAGCAAUGGGUGGUAUUGUUGAAGAUCAAGAAAUUGAUUCUUUCAUUUCACAUGAAAUAAAACAAGGAGAAGAAAUAGAUAAUAGAAUAAAUAAGGUGAUUGAAGAAAAUAAUCAGUCAGAAGAAAGUAAUCAACCAGAAGAAAAUUCUCAACAAGAAGUUAUUGAUAAAAUAAAGCAAAUGUUAGGUGAUGGGUCAUAUAAGUUAGGUCCAUUUCUUAAUACUUUGUUUACAGUUCAAGACGAAGACUUUAAAGAUAAUAGAAAUGAAUUCCCAAUGCUUCCAUUUGCUUUGCUUUAA